UUUAUUUUGAAUAUCACAAAAACACACAAACAAAAUCACAAUAGGGUUGAGUGAUAUUCCAAAACAUUAUAUACAUUGUAUGAUUUCGCUGAGGAAUUGAAUAAACUUUACCCUUAAUAAAUAUAGUGAUAAAUCAAAGUAAAAGAGGUUGUGAUGCUUCAGUGAAACUGACUAAAAUUUGGUGAUUAUGGCAGGAAAGAAGAAGAGCUUUAAAAAACGUUUUGUUUGCUCUAAUCCAUUAAAUCGUAAAAAAGCCAAAAGGAAGCUUGAUGAAGAAGAGCAAAAAGAAGAUGAUGAAGCUAAUAAACUUUUACAAGAAAAACAAGAACCUGAAGUGAACUCUACAGAAAACAAAAAUGAAGAAAAACAAGAAACCAAGGAAAAUAAUGGUCAAACUCUACAGGAACAGGCUCUAGGCGAGGAGGGAGAACAAAUAGAAUAUUUAGAUGUAAUUUUGAAGCGGGGCAAUGCUGGCUUAGGAUUUAGUAUAGCUGGUGGCACGGAUAAUCCUCACAUUGCCAAUGAACCAAGUAUAUAUAUAACAAAAAUAAUUCCUGGUGGGGCAGCUCAUCAUGAUGGUACAAUGAAAGUAGGGGAUAUAAUUUUAAAAGUAAAUGAUAUUGACACAGUGACUGUUGAGCACAUAAUUGCAGUGGAAGCACUUAAAUCAGCUGGGGAAGAAGUGAUAUUGAAAAUUAAGAGGGUUAAAAUCGAACCACCCAAAGAACAAAUAAUAGACAUUGAACUUCACAAAGGAGAUACUGGAUUAGGUUUUACAAUUGCUGGAGGAACUGAUAACCAGCACAUACCAGGAGAUGUUGGCAUAUUUGUAACAAAAAUUAUUCCAGGUGGUGCUGCACAUGCAGAUGAGCAACUGCAAGUCGGAGAUAAGAUACUUAUGGUAAACAAAAACUCCUUGGUCAACACAACACAUGAAAAUGCAGUUUUAGUGCUAAAGUCAACUGGCCAAGAUGUCAAAUUACAAAUAUCACGUACAACACCUGCUGUGACUGAAGAAACAACGUCACAAAAUGAUUCACACACUUCUUCUUUACAAGAUCCAAAUGAAACUAAUGAAGGUGUUGUUGCUGAAUUUCUACCCCCUGUUGUUGAUGAAGAGGACAACAUGAAAAAUGAUGAUGUGCAUGAGGAUGCCAUAAGUGUUGGAAGCAUUGAUAACACCACAAGAGAGCCAAGAACUGUAGAACUCCAUCGUGGACCAUCGGGCUUAGGUUUCAAUAUAGUCGGUGGAGAGGAUGGAGAAGGUAUCUUUAUCUCCUUCAUCCUAGCUGGUGGCCCAGCCGAUUUAUCUGGACAGGUUAAACGUGGAGAUCAAAUUCUACUGGUGAACGACAUUGAUAUUGUAUCUGCUACCCAUGAAAAAGCCGCAGGAGCACUGAAAAGUGCUGGAGCAGUGGCAACGUUAAAGCUGCAAUACAAGCCGGAAGAGUAUAACAGAUUCGAACAGAAAAUCCACGCAUUAAGAGAUAGAAUGAUGAGCAGCACCGGAGGAGGGAGCUUGAAAACAUCUGCGAAGAGGACGCUAUAUGUUAGAACUUUGUUUGAGUAUGACAAGUCCCGGGACAGUGGUCUACCCAGUCAAGGGUUGAGUUUUAAAUUUGGUGAUAUUCUUCAUGUGACGAACGCCAGUGACGACGAAUGGUGGCAAGCUGUGCGUUUAAAUGCUGACGGAGAGGAAGGAGAACUUGGUGUUAUACCAAGUAAACGAAGAGUUGAACGACGAGAACGUGCGCGCCAAAAAACAGUCAAAUUCAAACAAGCCAUGAUUAACGAUGAAGCUUAUAAGAACAGUGGUGGCGCGUCUUUUAGCUCCAAACAAAAACGCAGUUUUAAUUUUGCUAAGCGAUUUCCAUUUAAAGGCAAAAAAGAACUAGAUGGUGACACAGACGCCGAUCCUUCGCAAAGUGAUAGCGAGAUGUUAUCGAAAUCGGAAGAUGUCAUUCUUUCUUACGAGUGUGUAGCACAACAAGAGUUAAAAUAUACGAGGCCUAUUAUAAUACUCGGACCAUUAAAAGACAGGAUUAACGACGAUCUUAUUCAAGAAUUUCCUAAUGAGUUUGGCAGUUGCGUUCCACAUACCACGAGGCCUCCACGCGAACAUGAGGUAUCUGGUCGUGAUUAUCAUUUCGUCGAGUCACGUGAGAAGAUGGAACAAGACAUAGCUAACCAUCUAUUCAUCGAAGCGGGACAGUACAACGAGAAUCUCUACGGAACCAGUGUACACUCUGUACGAGAGGUUUCCGAAAAGGGCAAACACUGCAUUCUUGACGUCAGUGGGUAUGCUAUCAAACGGUUACAAGUGGCACAAUUGUACCCUAUCGCUCUGUUCAUUAAACCACUUUCAGUUGAGUGGAUGCAAGACAUGAACAAGAGGUUACUACUCGAACCUGCGCAAAAAGCUUUUGAAAGGGCACAGAAAUUAGAACAAGAAUUUGGAGAAUAUUAUACUGCUAUCGUCACUGGCGAAUCGUACGACGAAAUUUAUCAACGGUCUAAGGACGUCAUUCGACAGCAAAGUUCGCCUGUCGUGUGGAUCCCUACUAAAGAAAAGUUAUAAAGAAUAUUGGGACAAUCUUAACUAUAUAUAUACGUAGUUUAUGUGUAUCCGCCCUGUCAAUAACUGCGUCCACACCUCGAAUUAUUUUUUAACAUAAAUGUUUUGAAAGUUUUAGAUGUGGAUAGUAUUAUUUUUUAGUUUAUUUCGUGCAUUGUGCUUGAAAUUGUCCGCACAAACCUGUUCCCGAACGCAAAGAUAACUCGUAUAUAUAUUUAUAACUAAAUAUGAAGCAUUCCUUUUAGUGUUUUCAUGCGAAAACGUUCUGAUUGUAUGUGUGUGGAACAAGGCAAAGGAAGUUUUGUGUCUGUAGACCAGUAACAGUUUGAACAUGCUAGUUCAACAAUGUCGUUAAGUUACUUAUUUAAAAAGAACUUUCGUUUAUAAUGUUUUAAAAAGCGAAUUCCCUGAAUUUAAAUUAGCAAUGAAUGAUUUUUUUUAUAACUAAUAUUAUUCACAACUUCUUGUAAUCCUCCGCUGUACUGUAUAUAGGGUUAUUAUUGUCAGACGUGAACAUUUUAUUUUCUCUAC